AUGACUGAAAAACCAAUUAUUUUUGCACCAGAGACUUAUCAAUAUGAUAAAGAUACUCUCGAUGAAUCUAAAUUAUUAAAGGAUCCAAUUGAUCAAUUUACUAAAUGGUUUGACGAAGCUAAACUAGAUCCAAGAGAACCAUUACCUGAAGCAAUUACUUUUGCAUCUGCAGAAUUACCAUCAGGUAAAGUUAGUACAAGGAUUCUUUUAUUUAAAGAAUUAGACCAUAGAGGUUUCACCAUUUAUUCUAAUUGGAAAACUUCAGGAAAGGCUAAAGAUAUUUCAACAAAUCCAAAUGCCGCUGUAAAUUUCUUUUGGAGAGAUAUGCAAAGACAAGUUAGAGUUGAGGGUUUUACAGAAUUUGUCUCUCGUGAAAUGUCAGAAAGAUAUUUUAAUACUAGACCAAGGGGUUCUAAAAUUGGUGCUUGGUCUUCUGAACAAUCUCAUCCUUUAGCUAACAGAGAUGAAUUACAAAAAUUAGUUGAUGACAAUACAAAAAGAUUCGAUGGUGUCCCCGAUGACAAAAUUCCUUGUCCUGACUAUUGGGGUGGUCUAAGAGUCGUUCCUUUGCAAAUUGAAUUUUGGCAAGGUAGACCAAGUAGAUUGCAUGAUAGGUUUCUUUACUCAAGAAAUAAUGAAAAUGAACCUUGGACGUUAACUAGAUUAGCUCCAUAA